AUCUGAAAACUGCAAUAUUUUCAUCAAUAGUCAUACACUUCACUCUUCCAUAACGUGUUUAAGUUGAACUUGAAUAAGUUAAGUACUAUUUAUGAUAUUAUUUUGAUGAAAGUUGUUUCUGAAUACGUUUUAUAUUAUUUUUGGAAUGAAAAUGAAGAACAAUAAACAAAGAAAAGGUAACGUUGGAAGUAAUAUCUCAGAUGCUAAUUCGCAGAAGUUCAACGAAUCGGAUAAAGGAACAUUAGGCCUAACUCUAAGCCUUAAUCAUAAUGGAAAUGAAGAGCAUACUGAAAGUGUAAUACAUACAUCAGAAUUUAUGAAUUUUUCACCGAAAGAACGAGAAGCCGCACAGAAAGUUAUAAACAAUAAUACUAAGAAGAAAAAGACUAUUGCCAAUGUUGACAAUCAUGAUGUCGAACUUGAAGACAGUUUUAGAGCUUUUAACGAAGAUGGAGGAGAGAAUUUAUCAACUUUAACACUUUCGGAAAGACUUGAGAAGGAAGAUGCAUUUAUUCAGAGUUUGAUAGAUACUAUACCACCAAAAUUUUAUUUUGACCAAGAAACUCGAGAGUUAAUUACUGCUGAAAAGCAUGCAUAUGCUGAGGAGAAGCAGACGGGUAAUUUCUUAAGUCUUGCUAAUGAUGCUGCCACCAUCUCUUCUCUAGAACUAGUUUUGAUGGUUGGAUCAUGUCAGUACUACAGUUGGCAUUUCACUGCCACCCCUUGUCCAGAUUUUCAUCUCUUUGGAUUGGUGCAACUAUGGAUGGCUCCAGGACUUCAGGGAUAUGUUGGGACACUGACGAUCGAUGCAUUUGCCACUCAUUGGAACACUCAACUAAUGGCAUUUUCUCCAGUACCUCACCCUUGGGCAUUUGCAGAAGAUGCUUUCAGUCAGGAAUGGACAGGAUUGCACCUCUCUCAAAGAAAGGGACUGACAAAACAUGAAUGGAGAGAAAAGAGGAAGAUAAGAAACAAAAUGAACCAACUGAAGAAAAAAGAUAAACAAAAGAAAAUGAAAGUAAAAAAAGUGGGAAGUAACACAUUCAGCACCAAGAAUCUUAAUACAGAGUUACUUCCAAGGCAGAAACCAAGACCUAUUUAUAAUAAAGAAGGAAAAUUGGUGUAUAGCAAAUUUGACUUUAGUGAAUCUGGUAUUCCGGAGAGAAAAAAAGGAGAGUAUUCUGGAAAGAACCAUAAAAAAAUUAUUGAACGUGUUCAACAAGAUAAAAUAAAGUUACAAAAACUGGAAGGUCAGAAUCCAGAAAAGGCUCAAGAGCUUCAAGAAAAAACUUCAUGGAUGAAAGCUAUUUACAAAUCUGAGGGAGUGAAAGUGAAAGAUAACAUUGAACUCCUGAAAAAGUCCAUGAAGAAGGAAGAGCAGAAGAAAAAGAAAAGUAGAAAACAGUGGCAAACCCGAUUAGAUGAUGCAAAGAAAAUUCAGUAUGAAAAGCAGAAAAAAAGAAGAGAUAACAUCCAUGCUAAAAAGCAAGAGAAGAUUGACAAAAAAAUCAAGAGAGCCAAAAAGAAAGGAAGACUCAUACCUGGCUUUUGAUCAAACACUUAAGAACAUAAAGUUUCUACUUGCAAAAUAAAUCACUGUAACUAAUUUUCAAUAAACAGUUAUUACAAAGACAAAUGUA